UCCACAUGCUCCGCGGCGCUGGGCACGGCCACACCGACCCGGCUUCCAGGCAUGUCGGCCGACAGCACCGCGGCCGCCGGCGAGGGGAUGGCGGACCGGCGACCAGGUAGGUGACCAGGACCGGGGACCGGGGACCGGGCGUACCGGGACAUCCGGGUCCGGUGCGUGCGUAAACGUGCCUGCCUGUGGGAUGGAAGUCCCCCGCCCGCGCGCACAGACGCACAGACUCAGUCAGUCCGUCCGUCGGUCACUGCGCGUCCCCGGCUGCCGGGUCGAGGAUGUGGGACUGCCUGUGGGACCGCUAGAGGGGGCGCGGGGGACGCUGUGGUGUACCGGGACUCCGGCGCUUUGAAAACUAGAGCCCACCACCACCACCACCACCACUGCGGAGGAGGAGGAGGAGGAGGAGAGUUGGAGCCAGGCGGCCGGUGCUCCGCCAGAGGCGGCCGGCGUGCCGUCGGCCUCCUCCCUACCGGCCGCCGCCGACCUACCGAGGAAACGCAAAGGAAAGGAGGAGAAGAGGCCGAGUCUCGACUUUGAAACGGAUGAAGACCUCAGCAGAUCUCAGGACGAAGAUCAACAGGUCAAAAUGAAAUGCUUCAGGGAGCCUCACCGGCAGAUCGAGAAACGUCGGCGGGACAAGAUGAACAACCUCAUCGACGAGCUGUCCGCCAUGAUCCCCUCCUGCAACCCCAUGAACCGGAAACUGGACAAGCUCACUGUGUUGAGGAAGGCCGUGCAGCACCUGAAAGUCCUGAGAGCCGGCACAAGCAGCGCCUUCACUGAAACCACCUACAAGCCUUCCUUCCUGCCCGAAGACGACCAGAAACACCUUGUCCUCCGGGCAGCAGAGGGUUUCCUGUUAGUUGUGAGUUGUGACCGUGGGAAGAUCUUGUUCAUCUCAGAGUCCGUCUCUAAGAUCCUCAACUUCAGCCAGAUGGAGCUGGUGGGGCGGAGCCUGUUUGACUUCAUCCAUCCCAAAGACAUCAGUAAGGUGAAGGAGCAGCUGUCCACCUCCGAGGUUUUCCCCCGCGAGCGUCUCGUGGACGCCGCCACUGGGGUUCAGGUCCAGGCCGACACGCCCGUCGGCAUGUCGCAGCUUCGUACCGGAGCGCGAAGGUCCUUCUUCUGUCGCAUGAAACACAGCAAGGUGGCAGGGAAGUCUGAGGACAAGCGCACCCUGCCCAGCCCGUCCAAAAUGAAAGACUCCUACAGGUACUGCACGGUCCACUGCACCGGCUACAUGCGGAGUUUGCCCACCGGCCAGAUGGACUCGGAGAGCGACAUGGAGAAAGAGACCUCCCACCUCAACUGCCUGGUGACGGCGUGCCGCAUCCACCCGCACACCACCCACCAGCCUCCCAAGGACGUCAAGGUCAAGCCGGCGGAGUUCGUCACGCGCUGCGCCAUCGACGGCAAGUUCACUUUUGUGGAACAACAAGCCACCACCAUCAUCGGUUAUCUGCCGCAGGAAAUACUUGGCACGUCCUGUUACGAGUACUUCCAUCAGGAGGACCUGCAGCACCUGGCCGAGCAACACAGGAAAGUUCUCCGAAGCAAAGAGAAGAUUGAGACCAGCUGCUACAGGUUCAAAACAAAAUAUGGCCCCUAUGUUUUACUCCAAAGUCAGUGGUUUAGUUUUACAAAUCCUUGGACCAAAGAAGUUGAAUUUAUCGUGUCUGUAAACAGAGUUAUCUCCGGGCCUGGUCAUACGAAAGGAGAAGAGGCUGGUGGCUCAAAAGCGCUCCAGGAGGACACAAAGUGGAUCUUACCCAUAAUCCCCGGGCUGUCCAGCGGUGUGGGGACCAUGAUCUACGUGGGAAGCAUAGGGACCCAAAUCGCCAACGAGCUGAUCGACUCCUACAGGCUGAAUUCUUCACCCUCGAGUGGAGCCGCCAGUCCCUUCGGCCCAGCGCAGGUCAAGUCCCCGCUCCUAUCCCCACAAACCAGUAGAAACGUGCCUGGAAGGGAAGCUGCAGCCGGCAGUUCGGACACCCAGUCUGACUCGAGGACGUCUGCGUCUCCUGGCUCUGGCAGCAAACUCCUUGGAGACCAAGGCGAGUUGUCCCAGUUGGACAUAGACAACAUGGUGGUGCCGGGCCUGAGCAGCUUCAGCAGCGACGAGGCGGCCAUGGCGGUUAUCAUGAGCCUGCUGGAGACGGACGCCAACAUGGGCCAAGAGGUGGACUUUGAAGACAUACACUGGCCUCUUUAGAGGACGCACAGGCUCUAUUCUCCUCCUCUUCCUCUCCCGCUCUUACGGUGGGUUCUCGCCAAGCGCACAGCGACUCGGAAAUCCGAUCACUCGCCUUUUCUGUGAUCGAUUGAUCAGGCCUGACACGCUGGAGCCCACCGGCCCGUACCAAAGGCACAUCUGCGCUGUCUUGUUCUCAGCACAGGCUGGAGGAAAGGAGUUUAAAUCAACAGGAUUUUUUUUGGAAUAACCGAUUACCUUGUUGAACCAACAAAGCAGAAUUUCGCUUCAGAUACAAAUCCUCUCCACAGGAAGGUCAGAGGUCAAGUUCAACGACAAGACACCGCCCCCUGCAGGACUCCAGUGUCUCGCUCUUAGACGCAGAAGCGGAGCAGAUGAUGGCCGCGCCGUGUGUAGAAGCCGGGUCUUCAAGUCCGAGGGGUGUCUUUUUAAUAGAUGACUCCACCCCUUCGAGGCUGAAACAAACCAAAAAAGGUUUAAAUGAGUAGAAGCAUUUUGAAAUAACCGAUCGCCCUUUUGUCGCUCCGCUUUCCCGAGUCCGCCUGCGCGGACUCGGGAAAGUGCCCUUGUUGUAACCGGCAGAAGAGGCUCCCGGGAUCUUGCUCAUGGACACGCGAGGGUGGCGUGUUGGAAACCUUCAGGUCGGCAGGAGGUCCGUGUCGUUAUUACCCUCUGCCCUUCCUCCCAGAGUGACUUGACAUUACUGACCAAGGUCUGUGAAGGGAAGGGGGUCGGUCUCUCACCAUGUGCCGUGCUGCUAGACGCUCGCUAACUCGUCAACAUUCGUUAAACCGUCGGUACACAGUGUUGACUUUUCUUUCAAGGUCUGAUUGUUCCAUUAUUAUUAUUAUUAUUAUUUGGACUCAAAAGUUUUGAAGCGUUGAGUUUUAUUUGUCCUGGACGCUUGAAAAGCGUGGAAAACGCCUUUUUUUCCAUCAUGAAUGUGCACUAAAGGACUGAGCCCUGCUUUGCUUCUACUGAGUGCUCACAUAUCACACAUCUUUACUGUAAGUCCUCAAGGUUUUUGAGAGGAGGAGAGUUCACACAGAGCUUUUUGGAAAAUGGAGGGGUCCUUAGACCGUCCAUGAAACAGAGGCUCGGCGACAGGGGGCAAGGUGGCUAACGCCGCCAUGUUGGCAGGAAAGACAACAGGAUGGGCGAUUCCGGUGUCCUCACCUUUUCUCUUUAUUGCUUUUUUCUAUCUCAAUAGAAAUGACACAACUUGAGAAACUGUUUGUUUGUUUGUUUUGUGGGAGAGAAGGUGUGGCAGUUGCCGCAUUAGCGUCCAAGUAGCUGUUUUUGGCUGUUUUGUGUGAAUUUCGACAUGUGAAAAUAAAUUUUUUUUUUUUAAAAAAAGCAACGAAGAAUUAAGGAUAAAUUAAAGGCUUGGAAGACGUUUCACUUCAGAUUCAAGGUUAAGCUAACGAGCUCAUUUUGAAAGGUAACACUGUGACAUGCCGGUCAGCCGCCUCGCCACGUGUUGGUUUUAAGCCGGAAGAGGAAAAUGGGAAAUCUGCCUUCGUGCUGUUAUUUGACGUGGAUGCAGUUGUCCUGAACGGACAUCUCGAGUUCGUCCCCGCGUUAUUUAUAUUAAAUUAGAUGACGUGAAAUGAUCCCCGAGGCCGUCUGUCGUGUAACGGCUUUACUGAUUCCUCGACUUCUGCGCCUCCGGGCACGUUUUCCCUCGUCCGGGACGUUUCGCCGCUUGAAUGAUGCGCUCACGUCAUCGUCUCCUAUUUGCCAGGCCAGAAUCCACGUCAAAACACUUGGGUGGGGAGGGAAUUACUUUUACAAUCCCCCCCAUUCUGUUCUGUCAUCCCAGCAGUACCUCUGGAGCGUGGUGCAAGGUUCCUGCCAAAAGGAGAGCUUCCGGAUCCAGCCCGGUUUCAGCCCGGUGUGGAAAUGUGCAGGGCCGUAAAAUGAAAACUAGGACUCGUGCUCAUACGGAGAGUUCCCACUCUGGAAGGUUGCACUCUUACGCAUUUCUAAAAUGGUUUAGGAGUUGUUGUAUUUAUUUUUUUUGAUGCUCUAUCAAGAAAUCAUUAGCAGGGCGUCCGUGUAGCGUGGUGGUCUAUUCCGUCGACUACCAACACGGGGAUCGCCGGUUCGAGUCCCCCUGUUACCUCCGGCUUGGUCGGGCGUCCCUACAGACACAGUCGGUCGUGUCUGCGGGUGGGAAGCAGGAUGUGGGUAUGUGUCCUGGUCGCUGCACUAGCGCCUCCUCUGGUCGGUCGGGGUGCCUGUUCAGGGGGGGAUAGCGUGAUCCUCUCACGCGCUACGUCCCCCCGGUGAAACUCCUCACUGUCAGGUGAAAAGAAGCGGCUGGUGACUCCACAUGUAUGGGAGGAGGCAUGUGGUAGUCUGCAGCCCUCCCCGGAUCGGCAGAGGGGGCGGAGCAGAGACCGGGACGGCUCGGGAGAGUGGGGUCAUUGGCCGGAUACAAAAGGGGGGGACCCCCCCCCAAAAAAAGAAAAGAAAUCAUUAGCAACGGUUAGCUUAGCAUAAGCUGUAUUUGCCCCAAUGACGUCCACCUGCGGCGUCCUGCCGGUGAUGUGACCUUCCCAUCAGGGUCGUUAACGAUAUGAUUCUUAAUAAUUCACUAACACCUUAAAAUGUCCAAUAACCUUGAUAUUUUGGAAAAGCGGAAAGGUUGCGAAACACAAUCCCAAAACAAAUAAACGGAUCCGGAUGUGGUCUGAGGGCCCCAGGAGAGGUCUGGGCCCCUCACACGUGUGAGCUCUGUUGCAUCACUGGUCCCUCGUACCUUGAAUCCAAAGUGUGACUGCGUUCGGUGCGAACACACGUCGUUCACGACUUAGCUUGAAGUGUAAAGCGGUGGGUUCGCUCGUUCUUUUGCCUUAUGAGUGUAACUGUUGGGUCGUCCUGGUGGAUAUUUAUCGCUCCCACUCUUGCCGUCGGAGGUGGGUGCAGGUGCGAACCGAACCUGCCCGUCGUGGUGUCGGGGAGGUGAACUGUGGUUGUGUUUCUGUGUGCAAACUGUCCUGCUGUGUCUGCUGUACUCCAGGAAUGAGAGGUGACAAGUAAAAGUCGAUUUUUGAAA